CGGCCAAGUUCGAUCGACAAGAUCCAAGCACGUACUGAGCCGUCCGGUUUCUACUAGCUAGUGGCUAUCUACAAUAGUCUGCUGGUAGGGUCUGGCUAUGGGUAGGUUACUUCAACGCGUCUCCAGCCAAGUCAUUGUGACUUGUUCAAACGUUGUUGACUUCCAACCGUGCCAAGCUCAUUGGCACGUUUAGACCAAAGGCGCGUUUGGCCCUUGUUUUCUUCUGCUCUGCUUCUUCCCACAAAACCAAAACCCUUCCAACCUAAAACACCCUUUGCCGAACUAACAACACUAAACAAACAACCACGACGGCCGACAUGACAGAACAAGGAACCAGCAGUUGCUAUCUGUGGGAUAUGGAGGCACACCACCUGUUGAGUUGGUUGGAGUCCAUCUUCUUUCCCACAGUGCUCCAAUACCAGCACAAGAACCACGAGGGGCUAUCGCGUCUCUUUCGCAACUUGUUGUGGGCGCUGGAAGCCACCAAAGCGGUGCCGGCCGCUGAGGUGAGGGUCGAAGCAGCCCCCAAAGACAACAGCAAGCACACCCUCGCUUUGCAGGAUCCUUACCGCAUCUGGUACGAAGCGGGCAGCGAAUGGGAGCCUCUGUCCCAUCAUCUACCGUCUUGCAUGGGAGAAAAGCUCGUCUCGUUGUCUCCUGCUGGACUGAUAAAUGGAUUGGCUGGUGUGGAAGGAGGCCUUGUGGAGUGUAAUUUGACUCGGCGUGUGCCUUUUGAAGAAGCGGAAGCGCUAGCGAAGGGCGCUGGCGGUGUGACCUUCAUGGAUCUCCAAGAGAUCGCAUCUGUCCUCCACCAAGCCAUCCAAACCCAACGCCAAAUAGACCAAUUAAAAGCAACCCCAACAAAAAUCCAAAACAUGGUUUCUCCCAACUUAGAAGUGUCCCAGCUAAAGAACAUCCGUGCUCGGGUUCGCAAUACUGUAGUGGCGGUAGGAAGGAGCAACAAUAGCAACGAGGUGGUUGACCCGAACCACCCUGUGGCGUUGCCGAAAGCAAAGAACUGCAUUCCGGAAGAGGAACGAGAUUACAAAUGUGUCGUUUGUGACAACAUUAAUCAAUCUCUCUUUGUCCUGGACCGGAAGAAUGGCGACGUCAUUUGUUCUGCUUGUGGUUACGUGGUUUGCGAAAGGAUCAUCCAUCUUGGUUCCGCCUACAGGAACUUCGAAGGAGAAGCCGACCGUAACCACCACGGCGCCCGUUACAACCCCUUGUUUAGUGGGGCACACAACACCGCCACAUCCCUUUCCAGGGAUCCAGCCGGGGGUUUGGGUGGCGGGCGGGGCUGCAGCAAUCUGCGAAAGACGCACGCCUACAUAGAACUUAACCUGUGUCACUUGGGAGAAGGCACUAGAAAGGCCAACACCAAGAGACACGAAACCCGCGUUGGCUACAAAGACCAGCAAAAGAAACGAGCCUUUACCCGCAUGCAACACGUAGGAGACGCCUUGGACCUCAACCUUGCUGUGCUGGAACUGGCCAAGGAACUCUACUCUGAGUUUCGAAACCGCCGACAAGUCCUCAAAGACCCCGAGGGUGUCAUUGCGGCAUGUUUGUGCGAGGCCUUUGACCGUUCAUCGCUCGAGGGGCGCACGCGGCUGGAAUCCGAGCUCCAGCGACUAAGGAAGAUUGCUUCCGCUCAGGACUGGGCCGCGGCAGCCAACAACAAAGCGGCGAAACGGGCGAUGCGACGUAACAUGUUGCAUACCGUCCACUUUGCACAGAGCAACGCGCGUAGCAAUAGCAAGGCUCCGAUAGCGACUGCUGCUGUUCAGGGUGAAGCAGCGACAGUUGCAGCAUUGGAAAGAAGCAAGCCCGUCGCGUCGUGGGACAUCAACGAUACCCGGGCAUGGCUGUUGUGUGCCGCUCGGGCAAUUGCAAAGCACUGGGAAGAACACCAGCCUGCGAAUACCGAGAGCAACAAGAGCUUGGACGAGUUCGAAGCUGCUAUGGUGGAGCACACCUUCGUCAUUUGCGAGUAUCUAGAAAACAACUCACAGGGGGCAUCGCCAGUGGUCGGCAAGAAGGUUCUGCUGAUGAACGCGAAGAAGCUAUCUUCCAUUGUUGGGGACGUCGCUGCCGCCAAGGCGCUGCACCAAAAGAUUAGGGGUGUGGUGAAUCGCCAAGCAGUUCGUAAGAGCCAGGCAGCGAGACAGAAAGCGUCCCAGCUUCGUUUUCAACAGACGAAACGAAAGAACUGGGUGGGAGUCAAGAAGGCCACCGUGCCUUCUGUGUAGCUAUUUCGUCUCAAUAUACACAAAUCAUGGCGAGGGCGAGAAAGCACUCGGGCUCAUUGCGUUCUUUGAACGCAACAAUAGUCAUGAAUACGUUGGUAUACAUAGCAAUAAACUAGACACAGCAAUGAAAUCUUCCUCUCCAAACAAUCUUCUCCCUUCUUUACUGU